AGAAUAGUACAUCCCAUUAUUGUGACAUGUGUUGUUGAUCUGCACUGUAGAAUUUUUUAAUCUGUUUUGAUUUUUCUUUAAAAAAAAAUCCCCAAAAAUGCUCAAUUUCCUGCAAAUUCUGACCACUUCCGUGAGAAAUCAAUUCCUGCAAAGGGGAUUCCACAGUGUGACCCAAAAUAGCCUCGUGGCCCCCAAACCUGGCGGCCUUUGGAGCCUUGUUUUCUCCCGAACCAACAUCCGGAACAACUUCCCACGUCCCAGUGAGGUUAAACGAGUGAAAAAACUUGGAUUGGAAGCAAGAUUGGCAACAGCCGGUGGGAGACGUGUCAUCAUGAGGAGAAUCCUCAAAGGGAGGCAUGUUCUGUCCCACUAGGAACCCCGUUCAAGAGGCUCUAGGAUCCCCCCAUUAGAAUAUAGUAUAAGCAAUAAAUCCCACAUGUAAAAUAUAUUUCAAUAUCAAUAUA